UGAUGUGCACAAUUUUUUACAAGGAAAAGAGUACUUUGUUGAAUGAGUGUGAUUUUUCAGCAAAAGUUCAUUCGUCAUUAUUGCUUUCUACUUUUCCCCAAUUCUCAUUGAUAAGUGGCAUAAGUGGCAUUAAAUCAAAGUUAAUUUAAUCAAAUCACCAUACCAACUUUACUGAUAGACUCAUUUUUCUGCAUAAACUAUUCAGAGGUGUCAGAAGUUUAGAAGUUCACCACCAUUCGUCAGCUUCAUGCAGAGGAGCAUUUUAAGAUUUUGCCCCACUUAUCGUUCGUCUUUUGCAGUUUUUCACAAGUUUCCCAGCAGAAAUCGCCCAACAAUCCACCUAUCAGCGAAAAUGUCGAACAACAGUUAUAAUGACAUUUUCGAGGACAAGUACAUUUUUCCGGAUUUCCCAAAGGGGCCCCUUUCGAAGUACAGAGAUGGGGCAACAUUUGACUGGAAGCAGAUGAAAGUAAUUCUUGAGGAUGCGGAACUCCUGCGAUAUCGCUACGACAUUUGGAAGUUCAUGGAGGGUCAUCCUCUGUUUGCACACCCAGUUGAGACCCCAUCUCUGGAUGAGCAGCGUCACAUUACGACCAAGAGGCAGUUUGUGCUGUUCAACGAGCAAAUCUUCACGAUGGACAAAUUCUUGGAGCGUCCUGAGUUUGCAUCCGUGUUCGUCUCUUCGACCAUUAUGUACGAUCCGAGUCUCAACAUCAAAUACACCCUGGCUUUCACCAUGUUCGCCAACGUGAUCCGGACUCUGGGCACUGAGCGCUUGCAGAAGUUCGUGGAGGCAAAUGACAGAGGCGAGAUCACUGGCGCUUUCGCCCUCACUGAGCUCUCGCACGGCACGAACGCACGAGGCAUGAGAACGGAGGCGUGGUAUGACGAAGAGACGCAGGAGUUUGUUCUGCACACGCCAGACUUCGAGGCCGCCAAGUGUUGGGUAGGAAAUCUGGGAAAGACUUGCACAUACGCCAUUGUGUACGCUCAAAUGCACGCUGGCGGACAGAAUCAUGGGCUGAACGCCUUCCUGGUCCCCAUCAGAGACACAAAGACUCUGCGUGCCUUUCCAGGAGUCCUUGUUGGCGAUCUGGGCGAGAAGGUGGCACUCAAUGGCAUCGAUAAUGGCUUUGUCAUGUUCCAUCGCUACCGCAUUCCCAAGGAUUAUCUGCUCUCUCGCACCGGUGACGUGAGUCCUGAUGGAAAGUUUGUGACCAAGAUCAAGGAUUCGAAGAAGCGAAUGGGCGCCUCCCUGGGAGCGCUGUCAGGAGGCCGAGUGGGGAUUUGUGGACUGGCCAGCAAUUACAUUCUGAAAGCCAUUGUCAUUGCCAUUCGAUACUCGGGAAGCCGGAAGCAAUUUGGCCCAGAUGACAGCGAUGAAGAGCUCUCUGUUCUGGAAUAUCAAUCGCAGCAGUACCGGCUCUUCCCUCAUCUCGCCACUGCUUACGCUAUCCGCAUCUUCUCCAUAUGGAUCUACAUCCAGCACGCAGACAAUGUGGUGAAAGGCUUCCUGGGCGAAGAUGUGGCGAACAAAGUGAUGGAAAUCCAUGCUUUGUCAUCAGCAACGAAGCCUGUGUGCUCGUGGCUGGCCAGAGACGCUAUUCAGGAGUGCCGAGAAGCAUGUGGAGGCCACGGAUAUCUCAAAGUGGCUCGCUUGGGUGAUUUGCGCGGAGAUAAUGACGCUAAUUGCACGUAUGAAGGUGAAAACAAUGUCCUUGUUCAGCAAGCCUCCAAUUGGCUCUUGAGUGUCCGAAGACAAGGCUGGGAAGCGUUCAAACAAGCCUCUCCCCUGGAUUCCGCGUCCUUUCUCGCAGACUAUGACAAAAUCAUCCGCUAUAGAUUCUCAUGGAAGACUCCAGCGGAAGCUCUCAGACCAGAAAAUUUGCUGAAAGCCCUGGAUUGGUUGUGUGCAUGGCAAUUGGAGAAGACAGCAAAACGCGUGGAAUCUCUACAGCGCGAGAAGAAGUCUCCUUUCGAGAUUCGCAAUGAUUCCCAGUCCUUGAAUGCCACAACACUAUCGAUUGUUUAUGGCCAACGAAUGGUUUUCUAUUCCUUCUACAAUCGCAUCCUCCAGUUGGGCUCAACACCCGAAUCUGCCGCCUUGACGCGCCUUCUUUCGCUCUUUGGCACCUCCAUUGUCCUGAAACACCUGGGCAUUCUGUAUCAGGGGGGAUUCGCUUCGGGAUCUCUGCCUGGAGAGUUAUAUGAGCGAGGAAUUCUCGAUCUACUGCCCAUAAUAAAGGAUGACGCUCUAGGACUCGUGGACGCUCUGGCACCGCCAGAUUUUAUACUUAACUCUCCGCUGGGCGCCAGUAAUGGGGAGAUCUACAAGAAUCUCCAAACGACGCUCAUGCAAGCUCCAGGCACAUUGGAGCGUGCAAAUUGGUGGAGAGACGUGAUUCAUUGGAAGGAGUACGCAGGAAACAGCAAAUUGUAGGGAAAUUUUGAAUAGGUGAAAGGUUCAUUUUAUAAAUGCAAUAACUUUUAGACAAUCUCCGGGAUUUACAGGGUAGAGAGUAAUAGUGAUAUUUUUUAUCAAAAACGACAGUGAUAGAGGGUGAUAGAUGAUUACCAUUUUUUAAAGAAAUAAAUAUCAAAUAUCCUUGGUAU